AUGCGGGACCUGGAGCAGGAGCUCUCGAAGCUGGAGCCGGUGGGUGAAGCUGUGCCUGAGGCAGGCUAUGCCAAUGCCAAGGCGAAGAACAAGAAGAAGGGAGACUCGCCUGAAAUGAUUGCCUUCAAGCAGGAGAAGCGCCGGCGGCAGAAGGAGCUGAAGGGCAGGCAGACACACGAACGCCAAGAGUUUGUCGGAGGGCUGGGCAACUUGGAGCUAGACGUCAUGGAAGAGCUCCAGUGCGCUGGCGACUGGUUGGAGACGGGCAUCAGGGGCAAGCAGAAGCGCUAG